CACCGUUUUUUUAUUUUACAAUCAGUUUCUUUUUAUCGAAAAUUUAAUUAAUGUUUAACACAAUCGGAAAUUAGGUAUUUGGAAAUUAUACUGAAUCUGAAUUGAUCAGGUUCUUCUUGCAAUAUCACAAGUGCAAUACUUUUGAAAAAAUUGAGAAAUAUAGAAAAUUUAUAUAAUACAAAAAUAUUUUGUAUUAUUUGUAUUAUUUGCACAGUAAAAUCUUUAUCUCGUAACAUUAUUUACACGAACAUGACAAGUAAAAAAGAAAUAAGCGUUUUGACGUUUACGUUUAAAAUUCUUACCAUUUGCGGAUGUUGGCCACCGAAUUCGUGGACGUCACGAUAUAAACGUAUUAUGUAUGAUAUAUAUACAAUCCUUAUAGUUUCGCUAAUAAAUACAUUUACGUUGUCGCAAUUGAUGGAUUUAAUUUUAUCUGUGGACAAUGCCGACGACUUCACCGAGAAUUUCUAUGUGACGCUUGCCAUGCUCGUGUCAUGCUGCAAAAUGUUCAGUUUAUUAAGAAAUCGUACCAAUGUUGCGAUGCUGAUCAACGUUUUGAUGAAGAAACCAUGCAGGCCUAUUGAACACGAUGAGAUAGAGAUUCGACAGAAAUUCGACAAAUUCGUACAGUCCAAUACCCUCUACUACGCGACUUUAGUCGAAUUGACAUGUGCGUUUGCUUUAGUAAGCAGUAUAUUCAAAGACUACAGAAAACAUAGAUUAUCUUUUCGAGCAUGGUUACCGUUUAACUAUUCUUCGCCGACGCUAUUUCGAAUUGCUUACGCUCACCAAUCGAUAAGCUUGACUGCUGGAUCAGUCCUUCAAAUUGCCUGCGACAGCCUAAUUUGCGGAUUAUUGAUGCACAUUUGUUCUCAGCUGGAAAUAUUGGAAUGUCAUUUGAAAAAAAUCGUAGAUAAGCCACAUUUUCUUCGUGAAUGCAUCGUACAGCAUACAUGCAUUAUCCAAUUCGCAUUAAUGGUAAAUGAAAAAUUUAGAUUUAUAAUCACCGUCCAGUUUUUAGUGAGUAUGUUAGUAGUGUGCUUCAAUCUGCAUCAACUGACGCAGACGAGCGUUUUAAGUGCGAAAUAUAUUCAAAUAGUCUUAUAUAUGUUUUGCAUGUUGACACAAAUCUCUUUUUAUUGCUGGUACGGAAAUGAAGUUCAGCUGAAGAGUCGACAACUGGUCAGUAAUGUUUUCAAAAUGGAUUGGUUUACAUUGGAUCAUCCAAUGCAAAAGACUUUACUAAUAAUUAUGACACGCAGUAUGCUACCUAUCGAAUUCACCGGUGCCUACGUGAUCUCUAUGAAUCUUGCAUCAUUUGUCAGUUUGCUUAAGACAUCGUAUUCGGCGUACAACAUACUCCAACAGAUGCGAUAAUGAAAUAGUAAAAAUACAAAAGUAGAAGGAAAUUAAUAUUUAUAUUUUGUAUUUGUAUGAAUGUUAUCUUGGUAUAAAACAAAUGUGUGUAUGAAAGUAAAACAUUAAGUUAAAGUAUGGUAAAAUAAUUUUGUGUGUUACAUAAAGUUACUAAAUGAAAAGACAUCUCAUGUACAAUAUUUUCUCCUGCUAACAUUUAUAGAUAAUAUCUUUAGAAUGCAUUUUUACUUACGUUUUAUGCCAACAGUAUAAUUAUAUAUUA